AGGUGACAUGGCUGGCACGGUGCUAAGAAAGAACUCAGUGACAGGUAAGCUCAAUGCUCUCACCACUCACCUGUGUCCUAACAUGGGUCACCUAAAAAUAAUUGGAAAAAGACUCAUACAUUUAAAAAAGUAAUGGAACUGCAGAAAAUAACCCGAAAAUUACACCCAAUUGAGUGCUGAUAAAAGCUAAAUUUAAGCCUGCACCAGCCAUUUUUUAAAUAUGCAAUUAAUCUUCAUGAUGGAGAAAGUUGAAAAUAGGAAUGGUUUGCUCCCUGCCCCCGCCCACCCUAGGGCUCCAUCUGGCAUAUUUAUGUUCUUCCAACAAUCCUGCCUCCCCUCGUCCCUCUCCCACAUAGCCAAGGUCAGCCCAGCCUCCCUACAUUCCUACUGGCACACCCUUCAGUCCCAGCUUUGCGUCCACCCCUGUGGGAGGUGAGGAUGCUGGAAAUGAAUCCUGGGGCUUGACCGUGCCUGACAACCUUUUUACCACUGGGCUGUUCCUAGCUCCCGAUGAGCAGCUAAACUAAUCAGUCUCUUCCUGGCCAAUUCCCACGUGCCACCCAAGGAUAUUUCACACUUUAUCCUUCUCUUUCUUUGGCCCCUAUUAUCUUAUACCCAGAAGACAGGUAUGUAAUAGUAAGGACUUCAAAUGAGUCCCAGGGGGCAUCACUGGGUGCAUAGAAAGAUAAAAUCUGAUCCAGGCAGACCUCGGAAAAUUAUUCUGUAAUAAAGAGAAUGAAGCGCUUACAUAUGCUACCACGUGUGAGCCUUUAAGGAGGCAUGUAAGACGCAGGAAAUAACCAGAGCUACAUAUGAUUAGUUCUAUUUCUGUGAAAUGUUCAGAACUAACAACAUCUAUGGAAAGCGGCUAAGUGAUUGCCUAGUGCAGAGAAAAGGGAAGACACUGGAGAGGAGUGUUGCCAGCUAAUGGAGAUGGUUCUCUUUGAAGAACUGAGGCUGCCCCGGCCGAGUGCAGAUGCCAGCAGCACAUGGCGGAGACCUAGUUCCCGGCGUCCUCCGACACCGCAUCCCGGCCUCCCACGCUCCUCCGCGGCACUGCAACUAUGGCUGCGACAGGUGUCGCCGGCUCUCGGGGAAAGCCUGGAGCGCCCGCAGAUCGCCCCCAGGGCUUCCACCGAUCCCAGCACUGCAGGAAGCCUCGGUAAUCCCCAGCCCGCCCCCGCCGCCCCCCUUGUCUCCGCCCAAGGGCCCGCGCAGCGUGGCUCACCCGCCUUCCCGGCGGACGCCAACUCGAGACACCGCGAGCGACACGAUUGCGCCUGCGCGGCGGAAGCAAGCGCAGCCCCGCCCCCGCCCGGUACCGGAGCGCCCUCUGUGGGCCACCCGAGGGACUCGGGGUCCUACUGAGUGCGGGCUUCCUAAAUCCGACCCCACCCUGUUGGCUAGACCUGUGCACAGCCUGCUUUCCCUUGUCUUCCUUACUACCUUGGAUACAAGCUCUAAUGGCAAGCUCUUCCUCAUAUUCCCACGAAUGGAUAGAAUAUUAGGGGUGCCCUAAAGCACCCUGUGUAAAGGCGUCUUGAAGGACGUGUCCUUCCUGUUGUCAUGUUGAUGACAGGAAUUAUGUUUGGAAGGGAGUCUUCAUUUUGAGUCACUUCAUCAAAUUAUAGUCCCACAACACCUGUCAGAAGAAUACAUACGACAGUAAUAGGCAUGCUUCCUUUCAGACUCUGCUAUAAUUAUAAUCGAGGGAAAGAAUACAGAAUCUUAACUUGCAGCUACUGCCAGGAUCAUUCUUUGAAAAUGAAAUAAUGCUGUUUCAUUAAACGGGCUCUCCCAACUCGCGCGUGUUUAAAGUCAGAAUGCUUCUCUGAAUUGAUUUAAAUACAAGUUUUAUAUCCUGAAAGAAAUAAAGACGAGUCUUUUUUCAGGAGACAAACGCCCUGUUCAAUGAAGCUUCCAGCUUCUCUGGGACGCUGUCUGAAAGGCAGCAAGGGUACCGGUGGAUAACAUUGCUUCUCUUUAUCUCUCUUCUCCGGGGUUUUUUAAAUCUACCUGUAAUGAAAAGCUGGUUUCCUUACACACACUCCUCCUGUAGUUGCUUUAACAAGACAAUUUCUUUUAUUUUGUUUCUUCAUUUUUAAAAAGAAAACAUUGUGUCCAGCAGCACUCAGAAAUCUAUUUUUCUUCCUCUUAGGAAGGAGGGGCUAUUUCUUAACAGAACUUUUUCCUUUCCCUGAUUCUUCUAGAACCCCACCGUCUGUCCCCACAACCAUACACACAAAGCA